CGUUCACAUGAAAACAGUUAGAGUGACCGACAGGAAACAAUGACUGGUGUGGAAAGCUACCGCUUUUCCCAGGACUUAGCCCAUGUUUACUUCACGAUAUUUUCACUUUUCUGCUUCAAACUAUUUGUGAAAAUCAGCCUGGCCAUCCUGAGCCACUUCUACAUCGUCAAAGGGAACCGCAAGGAAGCAGCGCGGAUAGCGGCAGAGUUCUACGGUGCUACCCAAGGGCAAGGUUCCUGGGCUGACCGUUCACCUCUACAUGAGGCAGCCAGUCAGGGACGCCUUCUGUCCCUCAAAACUUUGCUUGCACAGCUCAUUCAUUGCAGACUGGCCGUGGCCCGACUUUUACACAUGCUGACCGUUUUUGAUGCUAUACCAGGAAAUGUGUUGGGCUACAGUGUUGGUGCAAAGGAAAGUCUUGGAAUCUCAACAGAAGGACUGUUUGGACCCCAGCCUCAACUCAAAAGCUGGGCUGGAUUCAGUGGAGCCCCCUUGAGCGGGCAAGCUGGCACAUGGGCUCGGAGAGUCAGAUUCCCAGCGGCAGGAGGUCACAGUGCCAACACACUGACGAUAGAUCACGUUUCUCCACUCCAUGAUGCCUGUCUGGGGAACCAUGUAGCAUGUGCAAAGGCCCUAAUAGAAGCAGGUGCCAAUGUCAAUGCUACUACUAUUGAUGGAGUGACUCCCCUGUUCAAUGCAUGUUCCAGUGGCAGCGCCAGUUGUGCAGAGCUUGUAUUGCAGAAUGGUGCCAAAGUACAAGGGCAGGACUGUUGGGCUUCAGCCAUUCAUGAGGCAUCAAGCAAAGGUCGCAGCGAAUGUAUGCAAGUGUUGAUCUCCUGGGGUGUGGACAUUGACCUGGACAUCUCUCAUCAGGGAACUCCCCUUUAUGUAGCUUGUGUCCAUCAACAGUUUUUUUGCAUUAAGAAGCUUCUUCAUGCAGGAGCCAAUGUCCAGAAAGGUAAACAUCUGGAGACCCCCUUACAUGCUGCUGCCCGGCAAUCCAAUCCAGACAUUGUUAAGAUGCUGCUCGACUUUGGAGCAGACAUCAGUGCCAGAAAUGCAGAUGCUGAGAGGCCCAUCGAUGUGGCUGUCACCAGUAGUCCAGUGGAUAGGUUGCUUCUGCAUUAUGAAGCAACGCCGAGCUCCCUCUGCCAGCUGUGCCGCCUGUGUGUCAGAGGUUGUCUCGGGAGAGCCCGUCUACAGCUCAUUUCACAGCUGGAACUACCCAAACUACUGAAGGACUUUUUGCAGCAUAAAUAGCCCGCUUCCCUCCUAUUCCGACAGUCUGUGUGGGAAGCUGAUUUCAGGUCUCGGCUCUGCUCUUUUCUGUAAAUAGCGUUGUUGAAAAACUGUUGCAAAGUAGUACAAUGGCAAAUUGUUGUAACCCCUGUUUGUAGGCCAUUUUCCCAGUCUGUGCAGAAGAAAGUGUAACACUGGACUAUUAAACAAAUUGGGUCGGCUCUAGUCCACAGUGAGACCACUGAAUUUCUCCCUUUCUUUCACAUAAGCAGUGGGGGAGGAAUUGGUCCCCAUCAUGCCUAUUGCUUGGCCGUAAAAUUCAUGUUAGGUGCAAGGGGUGGUAUCAAUCACUGGGCGCAAUUUCAAAAUUCAUGUUAGGUGCAAGGGAUGGUAUCAAUCACUGGGCGCAAUUUCCUGCACCUGAUCCCUACUUCGGAGAAUUCUAAGUGCCUGGACCGAGGACCCAGCUUUAGGAUGCCAAUGCCAAAUUCAUCCAAAACUGCUACAAAUUCAGUAUGGGCCAGUCACACUACACUCGUUUCUUCAGGCCUACCAAGGCCGAACAGGCUGUUUGUUUUUUUCACUUACCUUGAUGUGGACCCAGGAGGGACAGAAAGCGCUCCUCGUGGUUCCACAGCAACACCGUGGGCUGUUUCCAGCCUAUGAUCAUAACUGCUCCUCACUCUCAGCCAUUCAUGUCCAUCCCCUAGGCCUACCAGUGAAAGACCUGACUUUGGCGAGCUUCAUUUAGAAUGCCUGAUUCAAGAUGCACAGCCUGCUUCACGCUGGUUGUUGGUACGAAACCAAUUUCUUCCCCACAUAUGGCUAUUUCUCUCCCUUUGCUUUAAUCCUUUUGGUCACAAUUUAAUACCAUCUCGUUUCCUUCACAACAUAACUUCAGUUCUGACCUUCUUUAUCAUCUUGGACCCACCUCUCCCAAACACAAGUGACGUUACCACCACUGGUGGGCAUGCACAAGCUAAAUGAUUGUUGCUGCUGAGACACUGGGGAACAAAUUUAACCUAACAGGCAUUCUACCUAAUCUUGUAGGUUGCCUGUGAGUUCCAAAUUGCCUCUGUCGUGUGAGCAACUGGAAUUUCUACUGCACUCAUUGCAAUAGGAUUAAAAUUAAAUUCAAAUUUUUGGCAACAAUCAAAACACUGGAAAUAUGAGCUUUUUUCAAUAUUUUUAAAAUGUACUUUCUCUAUUUUAGGCCCUUUUUAUUACCUAUUAUUCCUUCACUGAGAUGUUACUUACUCCCAUUAUCCCACCAAUAUUGCUCUUCAUUUUUUUUCAUGAUAGACAGUUUAUAAAAGUGCCCUGAAAUUAUUCUGACUUUCUGCUAUCUUCCUCACCUCCUCUCUGUGAGGCACCACUUUACCUUCAUCUUAAUCGACAUUCACCCUUAUCCUCUUGGGUGCCUUCGCUUUGUGGGACACAUAAGAUGUGUGGACAUAAAUCCCACGAGUCAUGGUGCAGUUGUACAUAAACAGGCUGUACCUUUUAGUAGGUUUUACCGAAAAAUAUUCCCAAGCAAAUUUUUUUAUUCAACUGACCUGACUGUUGCGGACAAAAUGAUAAUAGUAAGGCCCAAAAGAAUUCAUUAGGCAUACACCUCAAAAUAAGAUAUUAAAUACAAACUGAUCCUCCCACAACUGGUGAUAAUUGCCUGUGUUUGGCGAAGUGAUAACCACCUGCUCAACCGUGAGUUAGUUCAAUUCUUCUAUCCCGAAUGCCUUGGUUGAAUUGUCUCUUUAAACCUCAGAGAGGUUGGUUGGUGGAAAUCUUUGAAUUUUUCCCUCAAGGAGAGGAAAUCUAUUGCCUUCUACUUAUCUGUGUUACUUGAAAAUAACUAAUGACCUCUGGCCGCCUCGAGUCUACCCCACUGUUCAAAUAGAUCAUCAUUGCGGCCUUAAUUUCAAUUUCCUGCCUAGCCUUCGUAACCCUUGACUGCCUUGUAGAUUAAUAAUCCGUCUAAUAUGAUUCGUUUAGUCUCCUGCUCUUACCAUCCAGUCAUCUCCUGAUCUCUACCCAAAUACUUCACAGUGUAUUCCCCUGGUUUCCUUCCCUCUUUCCCCUUGCUAGGUUUCUUUUUAAAUGAUGUCCAUCUGUAAUAAUUUUCAGUCCUGAGAAAGGUUCUUAGAUCUCAAAUAUCGAUGGACUGACUUCUGUCUCCACAAAUGCAGCCUGAUCUGCUGAGUAUUUCAUGGUUUUUCUGUUUUAUUAUAUAAAAUGGGGGAGACUGCAGCAUAGUGGUAAUGUAGAUAGACUAGAAAUCCAGAGACCCAGAAUAAUGUUUUGGGGAACAUGUGCUCAAAUCCUGCUGUGACUGCUGGUGGAAUUGGAUUUCAAUUGAUAAAGUCUGGAAUUAAAAACGAGUCUUAGUAAUGGUGACUGUGAAACAAUUAUUGAUGUUAAAA